AUGACUCAAACUCCUGAAAAGAAACUCUGUGUCUUCUGUGGAUCUUCUUUUGGCAACAAACCGGCCUUUGCCGAAGACUCAUACAAGCUCGGACACCUUCUUGCUAAAAAAAAUUGGGGAUUGGUAUAUGGAGGUGGUACUACCGGCCUUAUGGGUGCCGUUGCUAGAGGUUGCGCCUCCAAUGGCGGCUACGUUCAUGGUAUCAUACCUGAUGCCCUUAUCAGCAGAGAGAGAACUACGGACGAAGAGGUCAACGAAAAAUUGAAAAAGGGCAUCAACAACCACGAUGGAUCUACUCCCAUUCCUGACUCGAGUGCUUAUGGAAAGACCACUUUGGUCAAGGACAUGCACACACGUAAGAGGAUGAUGGGUCAGGAAGCUGAUGCAUUUGUGGCCUUGCCUGGUGGGUACGGAACCAUGGAGGAAUUGAUGGAAGUGGUCACUUGGCACCAGUUGAACAUUCACAGCAAGCCAAUCGUGAUCUACAACAUGAAUGGCUUCUACGACAACUUCUUGAAGUUCAUUCAAGACUCUAUCGAUUCGGAGUUCGUUUCAACUAAAAACGGAGAAAUUAUCAAGGUUGCCAAUACCGUGGAGGAGGUUAUCCAGGCUAUUGAGGACUAUGAAGUGUCUGAGGGCAGAUUCAACUUGAAGUGGGAUACCACGUAA